GGGAGCCCCGGCAGGCCUCUGUCGCCGGAGAGGGCGCACCUCCGGUCAAGAGUGGGAGGACGCCAGGGGACCAGCUGGAGGGGGCGCCGCCGCGAGGGAGUGGGAGCAGGAAGGAGGCUCAGAGCGGGAGCAUCUCCGGGAGGAGUGGAGGAGGCCGGAGGAGGCAGGGAGGCAGAGAGGCAGAGCCGGAGGGGGAGGACGUCUGUGAGCGAGCGGCAGAGGACCGGGCUGGCCUGGGAGGGCCUCGGAGUCCUGCAGGAAGCUAGGCAGGACUGGAGGAGGAAUCUGGGGAGACUCUGGGGGCAAAAAGGAGUGUGGAGAAACAGGGCCGAGAGCAGAAGGGACUUGUCCAAGGUCACACAGGGACUGAGUGGCUGAGCCAGGACUAGAAGCCAACAAAAACAGUGGAGCCAGUGCUGUGCCAGAGCCAACGCCUAGCAUCUGUGACUUUGACUCUCACAAGAGCCCAAAAGGUGGCUAUUAUUAUCCUUCGAUUGUAAGUGAAGAAACAGGCUCAGAGAGGUUAAGGGAUUUUAGCAAAGUCACACAGCUGACAGAAGCCAGUCAAGUUUGCCCUGACAUCCCUCAACCAGGCCCUGGACACCUGGUCUCAGCCCAGCUUUGCCUGCCUUGCCGUGUGAUCUUGGCUCCUUGUCUGACCCACAGCCAUGGCCACGUUGGUGGCCCAGAAGCUCAGCCACCUCCUGCCCAGUUUGCGGCAGGUCCACCAGGAGCCUCAGCCAUCUGUGCAGCCAGAUACUGUCUUCACAGUGGACCGAGCCGAGGUGCCGCCCCUCUUCUGGAAGCCAUACAUCUAUGUGGGCUACCGGCCGCUGCAUCAGACCUGGCGCUUCUACUUCCGCACUCUGUUCCAGCAGCACAACGAGGCCGUGAACGUCUGGACCCACCUGCUGGCGGCCCUGGUGCUGCUGCUGCGGCUGGCCGUCUUCGCGGGGACCGUGGACUUCUGGGGAGACCCGCACGCCCUGCCUCUCUUCAUCAUUAUCUUCACCUCCUUCACCUACCUCUCCUUCAGUGCCUUGGCUCACCUCCUGCAGGCCAAGUCUGAGUUCUGGCAUUACAGCUUCUUCUUCCUGGACUACGUGGGUGUGGCCGUGUACCAGUAUGGCAGUGCCCUGGUGCACUUCCACUACGCCAUCGAGCCCGCCUGGCAUGCCCGGGUGCACAGCAUUUUCCUGCCCAUGGCUGCCUUUCUUGCCUGGCUCUCCUGCACUGGCUCCUGCUAUAGCAAGUACACCCAGAAGCCCGGCCUGCUGGGCCGCACUUUCCAGGAGGUGCCCUCGGCACUGGCCUACGCCCUGGACAUCAGCCCCGUGGUGCACCGCAUCCUGGUUUCCGACCCUGCCACGGACGACCCGGCUCUUCUCUACCACAAGUGCCAGGUGCUCUUCUUCCUGCUGGCUGCCGCUUUCUUCUCAGCCUUCGAGCCUGAGCGCUGGUUCCCUGGCAGCUGCCAUGUCUUCGGGCAAGGCCACCAGGUCUUCCAUGUGUUCUUGGUGCUGUGCACGCUGGCUCAGCUGGAGGCCGUGGCGCUGGACUAUGAGGCCCGCCGGCCCAUCUAUGAGCCUCUGCACACCCGCUGGCCCCACAACUUCUCCGGCCUCUUCCUGCUCACCAUGGGCAGCAGUUUCCUCACUGCGUUCCUCCUGAGCCAGCUGGUACGGCGCAAACUCGAUCGGAAGACCCAGUGAAGGGGGGUGGCAUCUGAUAGGGAGGGAGGUAUAGUGGAGGUCCAGGGGUCCAGGCUUGGCUCCAGAUGGGAACAAGUCCUGGUAAAGUUGUUUGUGUCUGGCCCGCGGUGACUCUCUGCGCACACCUCAGCUGCCACAGGCGGCACUGGCCAGUCCUUGGAUUUGGGGAUUGGCCGGGAACUGCUGGAGUCCAUUCCUGGGCCUGCCCCAGUUCCCUGCCCUAGGAGAGGGGAAGAGAGAAAGAUGUGGGCCACCCUGAUUUGCCUCCCCACACUGCCUUUCACUAGGAUAAGGAUGGGGGGGUCAGUUAGGGCCAGGACCCUGGUUUGGGGCUUCCAGAUUACCUGAGAGGGGGUGAAGGUGGGAUUAAGGCCAGUCCGAUUUGAGCUGAGAGGCAGGGGAGGCCUCAGCAGCCCCCUUACCCAGGUUUCCUGGGUGGAUAGGGAAGGGGCGGGCCCCAAGUGUGUGCAGGAGCUUACUGUGCCUUGAACCCCAGCCUGGAGGUUUGGAGCUCCAGGGAGCCCCCAAAGGUAGAAGAGUGUGCCAGGUGGAAAUGGAUCCCAUCCAGUGCCCCACACCUCUUCAGUCACUGCCCUAGAUGGUGAGCCCCAAUGGUGUAGCUCUGGCCUCCGUGUCCCACCCAUCCUGUUCCCAGCCUCUCUCCUGGUUCCCUUGUUCACGAUUCAGUUAUCCAGUACGUGUUUCCUAGGCCUCUGCUCAGAGGUACACCACCGACUGGGCCCCGUGGAUCCAUACGAGAUGAUGAAGACUUUAAUAAUGGAAUGAACUGUCAGGGGAAGCACUGAGGAGCGAAUAAUCAGUGUAGCCUGGGACCCUCAGGGUCUUGGGUUGGGAAGGGUGAGUAGGAGUUUGCAGAUGCAGGAAGGACCUUCCCGGCAGAGGGAAAAACCUGUACAAAGGCCAAGAGGUAUGGAAGGAGGAGUUCAGUGGGGCUGGAGCUGGCGGUGAUCUGGACUCUGAUGUGUCCUAGAUGCAAUAAAGUGACUGUGCUAA